AUGCCGCGUGAAAGGGCAACUCCGAGAUCGAAGAGAAGCUCCUUGACUUCGGAGCAGGACGACCCUGCAAGAACAUGUGCAGUAAUGUCAACUCAAAAGAGAAUUAAGAAUUCUCAGACAUCAAGAACUUCACAACAUAAUAAUAGUUAUCAGACUAAUCUCUUGGCUUGGAAACUGAACGAGGACCUAAGCAACCCAAAGAGCUUCUCAAAACAUGAACAAAACAGUCCAGUGGAAGAUUCUGAACAAGGUGAUGAGCAAGCAGAAGAUGCUCUGCAAAUAGCAGUAAGAUACUUUGAGAAAGGUCCCUUUAAAACUUCACGGAGUAAAGAUAAAACCUUGGAAAAACACUUGAAAACUGUGGAAAGUGUGGCUUGGAAGGAUGGUUUAGCUCCAGAAGAAAUUGACAUCCUAUUAAAUGUGGCACUCAGUGGCAAAUUUGGGAGUGCUAUAAACUCUCGGAUAUUGAGAUGCAUGAUUCCAGCAACUCUUAUAUCAGAAGAUUCUGUGGUUAAGGCGGUCUCCUGGCUUUGUGUUGGCAAGUGUUGUGGUAGCACCAAGGUACUUUUUUAUCGUUGGCUGGUUGCAAUGUUUGACUUCAUUGAUCACAAGGAGAAAAUUAACUUGCUCUAUGGCUUCUUUUUUGCUUCAUUGCAAGAUGAUACACUGUGCCCUUAUGUCUGCCAUUUCUUAUAUUUACUUACCAAAAAAGAGAAUGUCAAGCCAUUUCGUGUGAGAAAACUGCUUGAUCUUCAGGCAAAAAUGGGAAGGCAGCCUUAUCUCCAUGCUUUGCUGUCGCUGUAUAAGUUCUUCGUUCCCACUUUGAUUUCUGUAUCAUUGCCUAUGAAGAAGAUCUAUUUUAAGAAUCCAGAGAAUUUGUGGAAGACAGCUCUAGUUGCUGUGAGGCAAAGGAAUCAGCAACCUUCUCCAGAACCUCUGAAGCUAAUUUUAGGUGCAGCUACUGUCCGUCCUAGGAAAAGAAAAUGGGAUUCUCAUUCACUUAUACCAGUGCUAAAUUCCAAUAUCCAAAGUAAAGAAUAUGGAAAAAAAGGGAUGAGUCUUUCUGAUUAUUUCAGUAGAAAUAGAGCAUUUUCAGCAGAACAGCUUAAAAGCUUCCCUCAACUCUUACAGAACAUUCAUUGCUUAGAGCUGCCUUCUCAGAUGGGCGCAGUGCUAAACAACUCUUUGCUACUUCACUAUAUUAACUGUGUCAGAGAUGAAUCACUUUUACUGAGGCUCUAUCAUUGGUUGAGUCAAACAUUACAAGAAGAAUGUAUUUGGUACAAGGUGAAUAAUUAUGAAUGUGAAAAAGAAUUUACCAACUUCCUGGACACUAUCAUCAAGGCAGAGUGCUUCUUACAAGAGGGUUUUUAUUCCUGUGAAGCAUUCCUGUAUAAGAGCCUUCCUCUCUGGGAUGGCUUCUGUUGUCGAUCACAGUUCCUUCAACUUGUGAGCUGGUUUCCUUUUAGCAGCUUCUCUGAGGUGAAGCCAUUUAUAUUUGAUCGUCUGGCACAGCUCUUUUUUACAUCAACCAUUUAUUUCAAGUGUAGUGUUCUUGAGAACCUGAAAGAGCUACUGCAGAAUUGGCUGUUGUGGCUUUCUAUGGACAUCCACAUGAAAACUGUGACGGACAGUUCCCUAGAGACAACUUUCAGUGGAUCCAUGCAGUCUGUGUCUGAACUAAUUAACUAUGUAGGGUGGCUGUCCAUUAAUGGAUUGCGCUUGGAAAGCAAUAGUACUUUCUUGCUGCACUUUGUUUUGGAUUUCUAUGAAAAGGUGUGUGACAUAUAUAUGAAUUAUAACCUUCCAUUAGUGGUGUUGUUUCCUCCUGGGAUCUUCUAUAUUGCACUCCUCAGUCUGGAUUCCAGUAUCCUGAACCAGCUCUGUUACAUUAUGCAAAGAUACCGUAAUAAUUUGACAGCUGCAAAGAAAAAUGAGUUGAUAAUAAAGAAAAAAUCAGAGUUCAUAUUCAGCAGCAAGACCUGUCAAGAAUAUAAUCGCUAUUUGACAGCCAUGGUUGGGUGCCUGUGGACAUCCAAACCCUUCCAGAAAGGAUCAUAUUUUGAUCCUGAAGUCUUUAAAGUAAUUGGAAUAGCAAAGUAUAAAACCAGUUUAAAUUUAGUCCAUCACCCUGCUCUAUUGAGUUAUGCUAUUUCCUUUUUGCUAAAGGAAUACCCAGAAGAAAGGAGAGUAAAUGUGAGCUCCAUUCGGGGAAAGAAAUGGAAUGAAUAUUUGGACUAUUUAUUUUCAGAGGGCUUACAAGGCUUGAAACUUUUCAUAAGAAGUAGUAUUCGUCAUUCUUCUGUCCCCUGA